AUGGCACAGAACUUGUACGGUCCACGAGUCCGGAUGGGUAACUGGAAUGAAGACGUCUACCUUGAGGAGGAGCUCAUGAAAGACUUCUUAGAGAAGAGAGAUAAGGGGGAACUUCUUAUACAGAGAAACAGAAGACUAAAAGGGAUUCUUUUGAAACAGAUGCAGCUUUCCGUGUCUGAAGAUGGAUAUAUUCACUAUGGUGACAAAGUGCUGCUUGUGAAUCCUGACCAUCCUGAGCUGGAUGCUGAGUUGUUUUUGGCUGGUGACCUGAGCCUGUGUAUGACUCCAGAUGAAAUUAAAGCCCACCUGAGUGAUGAACUGGAGAUACCCUGUGGCCUGAGUGCAGCUCAAACCAAGAACCCGGUUGGCAGAAACACCUUCAUGAUUUUGAGUGUAGACAGAAAUGCCAUCGGUCAAGUCCUUAGAUAUGGGGAAGACUUUUGCCUUGGCAUAACGGGAGGAUUUGAAGACAAAAUGGCAAAUAAAAAAAUCCUCAUCAAUCACUGCCACACGAAUCGGGGACUGGCGGUCCAUCGGCAUCUUUUCCUAAGUACCUACUUUGGAAAGGAAGUUGAGGUUGCCGCUCACACAUAUUUGGAUUCGCACAAAGUUGAAAAACCAAAAAAUCAUUGGAUGCUGGUCACUGGAAAUCCCAGAAAGGACUCACCCACCAUGUUGGACCUGCCCAAACCCCGGGCAGAGGACACCCAAGCCAUGGAGCAAGCCAUGAGCCUUAACGCACAGUAA